AGUUAGGACAGUCGAGAUCUGGACCUCUAUUAAUAGAGAUGGACCGGAAUAAAUUCGACGGCGGCAGAUGAUAGAAUAGUGCGGUUGCGGUAGAAUGCGAGCAUGUGUUGUCUUCCGGCCGAAGGAGAAGAGUAAGAGACAUGGCGACGCCGUCGGACAGCCCCAUCGAGGAGGUCGUGUUCGAGAUAGAGCCGUCCAGGGUGCCGAAGCCGGUGCCCGUCGCCCUAGAGGACCUUUGCAGGCUCACCAAAUUUACGAGGCAGGAGAUUAGGAUCAUGUACAGGGGAUUUAAAACGGAAUGCCCGGAGGGUGUUGUCCACGAAGAUAGCUUUAAAGAAAUUUACUCGAAAUUUUUUCCUCAUGGAAAUUCCAGCCUGUAUGCACACUACGUGUUCAAAGCCUUCGAUGUCAACUGCAACGGAGCAAUUAGUUUCAGGGAUCUGCUGAUCACCCUGUCGACGCUCCUCCGCGGCUCGGUGUACGAACGCCUCCGAUGGACCUUCAAACUGUACGACGUGAACGGUGACGGUUGCAUCAGCCGCGGCGAACUGUCCGAGAUCGUGGUGGCGGUGCACGAGCUGAUGGGGCGGCGCGCCCACCAGGUCGAGGACGACCGCAAGGCCCGCGAGCAGAUCGACCGAGUCUUCCGGAAGCUGGACCUCAACCAGGACGGCGUCAUCACCAUAGAGGAGUUCAUGGAAUCGUGCCUCAAAGACGAUGUGAUCACUAGGUCUCUGCAGAUGUUCGACGCGGUGCUGUGAUGACCGGACGCGGAGUGCGGACGUUAGCCACUUUCGCUGGACGGCAUCUGCGUCCGUCGUGCUGAAACGGGCGUUUUCGACGGCCGGGCUUUGUGAGGAUGGAAAGCUUCGGAGGUUUUGGAUAUUUGGUGGGACUUUUCAUACUUCCGGGGGGUUUUGGGUUGGCCUGGGGUUGCUUCCAAGACGGCAGUCUGGACGGGAGGUUUACGCUUGAUUUAAAGAUAUGCCUAUUUUGCAUGUACGUAGAGGAGCCCUCAUUUUAGUAAGGUUUGGGACAACAGAACGUCGUUUGGAUGCAUGCGAUGUUUAAAAUUCCAGAACUAAAUUCGUUGUACUGCUUUUUAUUUACACGAUUUUAACACCAAAACUUGCUUUCACUGUUUUUGAAAACCCUUCAAAAACUUUUGGUUUUAGUAACAGAAGUGUACAUUUUAAUUACAUCUAUUAAAACUAACAAAUAAACAAAAAUUUACACGACUACGUACCCAAAAGCACACAUUUAGGUAAAUCCCAGAAACCACACUCUAAAUUCGAUUUCCAGGUAAACAAAAAGGUCAACUGCUAGGUUAUCACGAGAUUUUAUCUACCUGUAAACACAACUAAAGUCACGAAUCAUUUUAUUUCUCGGAAUUACACGUGAUUCGUUCGGUUAUAGAUCUACGAGUUCUACGAUUCAUGGUUUUUAAGAUAAAAUAUAAUACAUUUUUUAUUUUCUGUACGAAAUUUGAUUAAGCUACAAAAAUCGGAAUAUCCAGAAGCGUUUAAUUAUUCAGGCGAAAGUUGAUCAAGUCUUGGAAUCAGUUUCAGGCCCAACGAUCAUAUAAAUAUAAUUUUUGAAUGUACAAGUAAAAUACUGAAACGUCUGAUCCAAAUAACGGAUUAUUUUGAUCACACGUGGGUACCCCAAUCCCAAACAUGACAGACUGGGUCUUUUGCCUACACUAAAGUGCUAAGAAACGAAUUUUGUGCAUGGUCUACACAAGUGUCUGAAUUCUUCUCCCCAGUUUAUUUAUAUUCUGAAGUGCCUCUUGCUUCUUUUAUUCGCAAAUUAUGAAAUUUUAAGAGGUAUAUGUAAAUUAUGACAUUGUUUAUUCUAACAAGGUACAACCUAUUUUUGAUAAUAAAGAUCAAAUUUAUUGGCUUUUGAGAAAUAGUACAAAGCACUAAAAUUAUUUCUGUGUAUGCAUAUACAUUAUCAAUAAAAAUUAGCAUACUCGUAUUUGUUAAGACUAAGGUAAAUGUGGAAGUACUUCAGAAUGAUGUUGAUUUUUAGGAGCUUGCGCACAUUCAAAACGAACAUCAGUGGUUGUGUUUGGUUGAUUUUGGGUGUGCGCAAGCCGAAACGACUAUGAAAAAUGUAAAAUUUACUUGUAUUUACGUCAGUUUAGCUUAAGAUCCUUGUUCUUCCUUAAGUGGUUACAGUGAAUAGGACUUCAUCGAAUUAUUGUCUAAAACAGAAGUGUUGGACUCAAUUUUCAUUUUUAAUCGUGGUAGGAGUAAUUAGAAGAUAUUUUCAGCUCUUAUUAUUUAGUUUAGUUGAAUACGUAGAAAGUGUUAAUCAAAAUAUACGAUUAUACGCUUUAGUGAUAUAUCGUAAAAUAGAUGUAUGAUAAAAGAUUUGUUUAUAGCUAUUAUUGUACUUAACGUUCAUUUCAAAUACUAGUCAGCGAAGAUGCAAUGUCCGUAAUUAUUAAAUAAGUUAUAAAUAUGCAAUACAUGAUGUGCAUAUCGAAUACUACAAUCACAAGAAUCCACCAUCACUACAUCAUUUGCCAAUUAAAUGAGCUUUUAAAUUAAUACGGUUUAAUGUGGUAUAAUAGAUUUAAGGUACUCUUUAAUUCUGUAUAUUGAUUUCUUUUUGAUAAGAUAAUCCGCGGGGAUAUUAUAUACACAACUGAGAAAACUUUUCAUGUACGUUUUUAAUUAUUUAAAUGUAAGAAUGAAGUGAUGAUAGGGUAUAGGCAAUUCGUACACGUAAAAUCGGACCUAAUAUACUUAAUGAAUGUGUUAUAAACCAGUAAUUAAUUUCAAUUCGGGGCACAAUUAUUGAAUUAUUAAAACUGGAAUCUGAAAAAGCGAACAUCCUACAUUUAAAAGUCAAAAAGGCGAAGAACGCUCAUACAAUUAUUUGAAAUUAUACUGUUUCCAACAAAAUCAGCAAUAUACACAGUACAUAUUUUGACUGACUAAAAACAAAUUAAAUUUUAUGACUAUUGUUAUAACAUUUAAUUAAUAAAUUGUU